UUUAACAUACUCAGGUGUGAAUGUGGCUGGAAUUGUGACAUUUUUCAUCGCUGGUUUUCUUUGUUCAAUCCCACUCGACAACGGCUGGCCGUUCGUAUUUUACAUUUUUGGGGCCGCAACUGCUAUUUAUACAAUUUUCUGGCAUUUCUUGAUCGCUCAGAAACCGGAACUCCACUCUUUUGUAUCUAAACGAGAAACAGAUUACAUCAUCUCACAACGGCUGGCUAAAGCGAGAACAGGAACAGUAAAGUCAGUCAAGCGUGAACGACCGCCUUACAAGAAAGUGUUCACGUCGGUUCCAGUCCUUGCCUUCAUCAUCGUGGCCAGCAUCCACUACAUGAACAUCAUCGUCUUCUUCACCUACAUCCCCGUCUACUUCUCUAAGGUGCUGGGCUUUGAUGCCGAGACCACAGGUGUUCUGGUUUCCGUCAUGUCAACGUGUCGUCUGGUCGGAGCGCUCGUCUGGACAGCGGUCAUCAAUAAACUCAUGUCACGUGAUGGUAUGACCAGAAAUAAAUGCAGGAAAUGUGUAGCAGGUGCAGGUGUUCUAUUGGGCACCAGCGCGCUGGUGUGUGUGGCUGUCUUCCAGACCACCAAUAGAUGGCUGACAGUGGUGCUGCUGAUUGUCACCAUGGUGGGACAGUGUUUCGCGGCUGUCAUCAUCCCCGCCCUCCCCCUAGAUAUGGCUCCCAGGUAUUCAGGUUUUAUUACAGGUGUAGCGACCUCAAUCGCAGGGUUGGCGUCUAUCCCAGGACCCCUCAUAGUGGCACAACUCACCCCCACGAACUCUCCAGAAGAAUGGAGGACUGUAUGGCUGACCAUGUCGGCACUAUUUGCCAGCGGCUGCAUCAUCUUCAUCCUACUUGCACAGGCGACACUCCAACCGUGGGCCAACGACGAACCCAAACAAAAAAGUAGUCCCCAUAUCUUUGCGCCGCUCGCUUCAAUGGGCCGGCGGCUCUCUGCUUUCAUUGGUGCCCCUCCGCGCGUGCUUGCUAUGAUUGGACAGGACGUUGGCCCAGCACAAGGGAAAAACGAAAUCAAUUUAACCAGUGAGAUUCUAUUCUCCGAAAGAUCCCUCAAGUAUCUAACAAAGAAAUAUUUAAAGAAACACAAUCUGAGAGAUUGGUUGCGUGUGGUAGCUUCCUCAAAAGAGGCCUUUGAACUGAGAUAUUUCCAGAUUAAUCAAGAUGAUGAAGAGGAGGAGGAAGAUUAA